AUGGACAUCGAGAAAGCUUACAGUGCCUUUAACAUCAGCAAUGGAACAGAUCUAGUUAUUGGCUUUAUCUCUUCCACAGUAGCCGUCCUUCUAUUUGGGACAAACUUUGUGCCUGUUAAGAAAUUUGAUACUGGUGAUGGCAUGUUCUUCCAGUGGAUUCUCUGUGCCUCCAUAUGGAUAGUUUCUUUGGUGGUCAAUUUAAUCCAGAAUUGCCCCCAGUUUUGGCCUCUGGCUAUGGUUGGAGGUUUUGUGUGGGCUACAGGCAAUGUUACAGUUGUCCCUAUUGUUAAAACUAUUGGUUUAGCCCUUGGUCUUUUGAUAUGGGCUUCUUUUAAUUUGCUGACAGGUUGGGCAAGUUCAAGGUUUGGUUGGUUUGGAAUUGACCCAGAGGAGGUGUCAAGACCAAUUUUAAAUUAUAUUGGAGCUGGACUUUCACUACUAAGUGCUGUCAUAUUUCUUUUUAUAAAAACUGAAGUCCAGAGUUCUUCAGCUUCAUUAGAAAGCACGCCUUUAUUGAGAGAAAGUUCUAUUAAUGUUUCUGAAGAUACCUCUGAUGACUCAUGGGUGAGCAGACUUUCUCCAGCAAAAAAGAGACUCAUAGGAUGUAGCCUGGCUGUAGUAGCUGGAAUACUAUACGGUUCCAGUUUUGUACCAGUACUUUACAUCAAGGACCAUGGAAGAAGAAAUGAAACUAUGUACACAGGAGCAAGUCAAUUUGAUUUAGAUUAUGUAUUUGCACACUUCAGUGGAAUAUUUCUUACAAGUACUGUCUACUUUUUGAUCUACUGUGCAGUCAAGAAAAAUAAACCUAAGGUUUAUCCCCAAGCCAUAUUGCCAGGGUUCGUUUCUGGUGUGCUUUGGGCCAUAGCCAAUUGCUGCUGGUUCUUAGCCAAUCACUAUCUCAGUGCUGUGGUCAGCUUUCCAAUAAUUACUGCAGGUCCUGGCCUCGUUGCUGCAAUGUGGGGAGUCCUUGUUUUUAAAGAAAUCAAGGGACUGAAAAACUACAUGUUACUCUCAGUAGCGUUUUGCAUCAUUUUGGCUGGAUCACUCUCCACGGCUUUUUCUAAAGCUUAA